AUGGAGAAGGAAAAAGGGCUGCCCAAAGCGGGGCUUGUUAACCAGCCAUUACCUUUGGAGGAGAAGAUGGAAAAAGCUUCGAGAAGGAGCGCUCUGGCAGUCUUAGAUCCUAAGGAAACUGUUCACACCGAAUCCUAUGAGGGACCCACUAGAGUUUCUUUGGAGGAAAUGGUGGUGGAGAAGCAGCCUGAAAUGGCUGAGGAGAAAAAGAAAAAGAAGAAGAACAAGGAGAAGAGGGCAGAAGGUGAUGAAGAAGCCCAACCAAGGAAGGAGAAGAAAGAAAGAAAAUCGAGUGAGAAGAGGGUACGCAGGCGGCAGGAGAAGCGCUUGAAGAAGAAGGAAGAAAAGAUAAAGAGGGCUGACAGCCUAGAAGUCGACGGAGAAUCCACCACCGCAAGGGUGGAUGAGGGGGUGUCAACAUAA